AUGGCAAAUGAUGAGAAAAUUCUAUCAGAAUUUAAUAAUUCUAAAAUAAUACAUGAAAAUUUAGAAGAAUUGUAUGUAGAUAUCCAUGGUGAUGCAAGCGAUGCGACUAUUGGUGAUGCUGUAAAGGGUGAUGAUCUUGGAGACCGUGAUGAGGAUUUGAUGAUAUAUUAUGAUCACGUGACUAAUCAACGAAGAUAUUCUCUUUACGGCCACUUCUACAGGUACCGUGAAUGA